ACGUGGCGCCGCUGGCUACGAGAUUUCGAAUAUAUAUUCGGGUAAUUAUUUUGUAUUUUCUUCGAAAUCAGAUACCGUUCUGGUUUUUAGAGAAGGCGCGGUUGUUGAGAGAGAGGGGCUUGUCAGAGGAAGAAAGCUUGCUGCAAUCUCGAAAUUCUGGGAUAAUAUAGAGCAGGCGUGGGACGGCAUUCCAGAGAGACAAAGCGUGGUGUAAUCGCAAAAGAGGCCUGAUUUUUCAACAAAGAAGGUUUGAGGCUGGCAAGCCUAUACUCAUGUACAGAGAGGGUGUCGAGGUUAGAAUCUUAAACCCUAAUUCCUCGUUCCUUUUAACUUGAUUUUCUUCUUCCUUUUGUUUCUCGUUCCUUUUACCUUGAUUUUCUUCUUCCUUUUGUCUCUAUUUCCUCCAUUAAUCUUAUGACCUCUGAACCCUAAUCCACGAAUUUUCUCCUCUCUUCUCUCUGCAAUCCAAGAACCGGUCUUUCCUUUCUGUGUUGCCGUUCCCUUCUUCGCUCAAAGUUGAAUCCUAGUUUCGAUUGCAUCUUUUCUAAUUCCUUUAAACCAAAAAGAAAUCCUGAUUCAAAAACCUGUCGAACCUUAAAUUUCCCUUUCCCUGACCAAAAAGCCUAAUUUUAUCUUUUUUGUUAUCGUUUCCUUCUUCUUGCAAAAUAAAAAACCCUAAUUUUCUUUUCUCUUGUGUUUUUUUUUAUCCCUGUUACCCCAACCUCUUAUUUCCUCUCAUCUCUCAUUAAUCCAAAAUACUAAUUCCUCCUCUUCCUGAAACCCUAAUUUUCCUAUUCUGAGACCCCUAAUUCCACCUUCCUCUCAACCAUGCUUUCAACCCCUGGUCGAUCUCCCCGCUAUCUUCCUGAACCAGACUCUUCAGAAACCCCAAUUCAUAGUUAUCUCAAAAAGCCCAAGUGCGCACACCCUAAGGUCCUUGAUGAAGACUCUUAUGUGGCCGCCAUUGAAAAGAUCGUCGAGCGAGACUUCUUCCCUGAUAUACCCAAGCUCCAAGAUCGCCUUGACUGGCUCGAAGCAGCUCGGACAGGUGAUCCAAUGUCCAUUAGAGACGCACAGCUCAAGAUCCUAGAGAGAAGGAAUCCAGGUCUAGCCCAUCCCAAUGCUCCCACUCCCACACCCACACCUGGCUCUGAUUUUGGCUUCACACCAUUGAGCCACUUGAACCCACCUGACACGCCUCCUGGUCCAGUGAAUGAGUCCCUGUCGCUUAAUGAGUUCUUUAAGAAAUACACCAGUGAGGAUAACCAGAGCUUCUCGGAGAUUAUGCAGACGGUUAAUAGAAAAAGAGAAGAGAAGUUACAAUAUUUGCUUAAGGGUGAAGUUCCGGCUGAUUCGCUAGAAAUUGGACUGAAAACUGAUGGUUAUGGGACCUCAGGGCAACCAGUUGAUACAUUAAAAGGCUGGGGUUUUGAGGCAAAGAACCUCCUGAUGUAUGAUUCAUCUAAUAGGAGUGAGGCACCACUAACUGAGGCUGAAAAGAUUGAGAGAGCAAAGGGGUUUACAAAGGAGAUUAAUAGAGAAAAUACGAGGUUUCAUGGCAAGGUUUCAGAGCUUAGGCCACGAGAAGAGGACCCAGUUGCUAUUCUUUACACUCCCGUUCCCGGCCAAACGCCGGGAACUUGGCCUUUCCCCAGCAGGGCUUCUGAUAGUUCAAAGAAAUAUGACCUUGAAGUCUUGAGGAAAACACCCGAUAAUAAAGGCGCUGGAAAAUAUGGGUUUGUUAGAACACCUUCUCCUAUGCCCGGUGUGGAAGAAUCACCCUUUAUUACAUGGGGUGAGAUUGAGGGUACACCGGUGAGAUUGGAUGGCGAGGAUUUUCCUGUGGGUGGUGAAGAUGGGCCCCAGUUCAGGAUCCCCGCUCCCCCAUUGAGAGAUUCGACUGCUCAUAAUCUCUCUAGAGAGGCAGCAAGGAGGCUGAGAGAGAAAUCGGGGGGUAUGAGAGAGAAACCACCACUACCCAUAAGAGCUCGGAGUAGAAGCGCAAGCCCAGGCGUGCGGACAUUAUCGUCGGCUGCACAAAAGUUUGUGAGGAGCGUUAGAGCAAAGGUAUCAAGUACAGUGGAUGAAUCACUUCGAGCUAGCUAUAGGGCAAGCCCAAGCCCACGGGUUCCCACCAGGUUUGCAAGGGAUGGGAGCUUGGGGUCAAAUAGGUCUCCCUCUGUGAGAGAGGGCAGCAAUCCCCCUUGGUAAGGUUCAAAGGCUAGUGAAAUGGUUGUUGUAUGUGUUUGUUAUCUGGCUUGGUGGUUAGGGCGUUAGACCUCUGCUUCGCAUAUGGCGAAGAAGGUUCUAAUCCUAGCCUACCUACUGCCUCUUUCCCCUCCCCCUCACCCCCCAAAAAGGGAAACAGAAAAGGUAAUGGAGAACAAUUAUGAGAUAAGAUGAGUAUAACCAAUAAUUUUCCUCUUUUUUUCUGUGAUAAAUGAAGUUAAAUGAUCUCCCUUUUCAUGAGAUAUGUAUUUCUAUCUUCUCUUUCCUGUGGGUUGGUCACUGUAUUUGGAGGCAUUGUGUACAUUGAAGUUGUGGCUCUGCUCAGUUUGUUUUGCAUUUUUCGCAUUUGUUUGGUUUAUCUGAAAGUUGUUGUGAUGUGUUAUCACAGAAAUUAUGAGGUUUCAUUGAUUGGAUUUGCUUGAUUAACUUUCAUGAUGAUUUAGUUGAUAUGGUGCAUGUAAAGAUAAUGCAUGUCAUCUUUUUUAUUUU